GGAGGAAGAAGAAGAAAAAGACAGCGACUCAAGAGACAGACCCACUGCUGGCUGGAACUGAAAAUGAUGGGAUUCUGUGGAUGUCUUCUGUCGAAGCCAAGCUGGGCGCUCUCAAAAAGAGAGAGGAGAAGCCCACUGCUGAGAAACUGGAACGAGCCAGACAAGAAAAGGUAAACCAUUUCAGAAACAAGCACAAGAUCUACGUCCAAGGAACAGAUCUUCCAGAGCCAAUUGCUACAUUUGAGCAACUCAGAGAAGGAUACAGAAUCCACCCAAAGAUCAUGCAGAAUAUUGAGGCCGCUGGAUUCCAGUCUCCCACGCCAAUUCAGAUGCAAGCCAUUCCGGUCAUGCUUCAUGGCCGUGAACUUCUGGCCUGUGCCCCCACCGGCUCUGGAAAGACCCUGGCUUUUUCCAUUCCCAUUCUGGUGCACCUUAGGCAACCUAUGAACAGAGGUUUCAGAGCUCUUAUAAUUUCACCCACCCGGGAGCUGGCCAGUCAGACGCACCGAGAGCUGGUCACGCUCUCUGAAGGGACCGGCUUCAGGAUUCGUAUGAUACACAGAGCUUCCGAUGUUGCGAAGAAGUUUGGGCCACAGUCUUCCCGUAAAUUUGAUAUACUGGUGACCACUCCAAACAGACUCAUCCAUUUGCUGAAGCAAGACCCUCCGGUCAUAGACUUGGCCAGGGUCGAGUGGCUCGUGGUGGACGAGUCGGACAAGUUGUUUGAAGAUGGGAAAACAGGAUUCCGGGACCAGUUGGCCACCAUUUUUCUGGCUUGCACCUCCCCACUCGUGAAGAGGGCCAUGUUCAGUGCAACCUUCGCGCAUGACGUAGAACAGUGGUGUAAGCUGAACUUGGACAGUGUCGUUUCAGUCUCUAUUGGAGCCAGAAACUCUGCAGCAGAGACAGUGAAUCAGGAGCUCUUGUUUGUGGGAUCGGAGACUGGGAAACUGCUCGCAGUGAGAGACCUUGUGAAAAAGGGCUUCACACCCCCAGUCUUGGUUUUUGUCCAGUCUAUUGAGCGGGCAAAGGAGCUUUUCCACGAGCUCAUCUACGAGGGCAUCAACGUGGACGUCAUCCAUGCCGACAGAACGCAACAGCAG